AUGACUCGCAUCGGCUGGUAUGGCCUAGGCUCCAUGGGCCUAGCCAUGGCCUCCAAUCUCCAAAGACACCUGGCGACCAAGAACGCCAUGAAUCUAAUCUACUCGAACCGGACCAUGGCACGCGGUGACCCUCUCAAAACCCUAGGUGCGACCCCAGAGACCAGCUUCGCCAAACUAGUCGGUCAAUGCGGGAUCAUCUUCACCAUGGUCUCCAACGACACAGUCCUCCAACAACUAAUCGCAUCCGCCAUUGGAUCCGGACACUCUCUCCGCGACAAGAUCUUCGUAGACUGCUCGACCGUCCACCCCGAAACGGUGGGUCUAACGGUCUCCAAACUGAGAGAACAGCAAGCGUCUUUCCUGGCGGCACCUGUGUUCGGCGGCAAUCCGAUCGCGGUGGAUGGGAAGCUCGUCUUUGCCCUUGCCGGGCCGAAGAAGGCCUCGGAGGUGGUGAAACCGUUGAUUCAGGAUGUUAUGGGUCGCAAGGUUAUUGAUUGUGGUGAGGAUGCGACUAAGUCUUCGCUUUUGAAAAUUGCUGGUAAUAUCGUCACCGUUAAUAUGAUGGAAGCUGUCGGAGAAGCCCAGGUUUUCGCCGAGCGUACUGGACUCGGCACUGGUCCGAUGGAAGAGCUCAUCGGGGAAGCUUUUGGCGCCGUGGCUGGUGGAUAUUCGAAAAGAUUGACGACCGGUGCCUAUGCGCCGCCGUUGGAAUCUCGGCCUGGGUUCGGUGUGUCCCUUGCUAUUAAGGAUGCGAACCAUGCAUUUGCCAUGGCGAAGGAGCAUAAUGUUGAGCUUCCCGGUCUGAAGGUCGCGCAUGAGAACAUGGUGGCUGCGAGGGAGUAUGCUGGCGAGUGUCUGGAUAGCAGCUCAAUGUACGGCGUUUUGCGUCAGAAGGCGGGAAUGGCUUUCUGGAAUGAGAAGAGUCGGAAGGAGUGA